CACAUGGGGGAGAGGAGGGGGUUGGAGAAUGGUAAAUUUAAAAGGAAAAAAAAAGAAAAAAGAAAAGAAAAGAAAAGAAAAAGAAAAGUCUUGUUUGACAUUCAUUAAAAAGCGUUUUAAGAAAAGAAAUUAAAGAAAUUAAAGAGAAUGAAUUAUGGGAGGUUGGAUCAGAGUGAAAGGAGACUGUUGGUUAUUUGUUCCUGAAUUUGCCUUUUCCUAUAAUUUCUUGUUUCUUUUCUCAUCAUUUAUUAUUCUUUUAUUAUUGUUAUUCGAUUUCGAUGAUGAUAAUUCUUCUAUACUGCUUUUCUGUUCCUUGACUAUUACGGUAUUUAGGUUAAGUUGGGAAAGGGGAAUUCGUAGUUCGAUUGCUUCGGGUUUUUCAAUUUUGUUUCCGAAGAGUGUUUUUGGUUUUUGAUUCUAGGGUUUGGGUGUUCUGUGUUUUUCUUUUCUUCGAUCUUCAACCUUCGAAUUCGAUGGAAGCUGCUGCUUCGGACGGGGAGAAUCACAACCAGAAUAAUGAUAAUAUUAACAAAAUUAGUAACUCAAGUGAGGGUCUUAGCAAGCCCAAGCGCCAGAUGAAGACUCCGUUUCAGCUUGAAACCCUCGAGAAAGCCUAUGCUUUGGAGACGUACCCAUCAGAGUCGACGAGGGCUGAACUGUCGGAGAAAUUGGGGCUCACCGAUCGGCAAUUGCAGAUGUGGUUUUGUCACAGGAGGCUGAAGGACAAAAAGGAACCGGCGAAGAAACCGCGAAAGAUGGUGGCACCGGCGUUGCCCGACUCUCCCAUUGAUGAAYUGAGAGUGGUGGCCGAGCCAGGUAGUGAUUACGCUUCAGGGUCGGGGUCAGGUUCAAGCCCAUUCGGUGACGUUGGGUUGCGCAAUGUGGUACCUAGAAGUGUUGGUGACGAUAUGCCACCGAUGAGAAGGUAUUAUGAGCCUUCACGGUCUGUUAUGGAACAUAGAGCUAUUGCUUGCGUGGAGUCGCAGUUAGGAGAGCCAUUGAGGGAGGACGGACCUAUUCUUGGGAUUGAAUUUGAUCCAUUACCACCUGAUGCUUUCGGUGCACCCAUAGUUUCUUAUUGUGAUAAAACAGUGGCAGAACAGCAGAAGCGAUCUGCACAUUCGUAUGGAGACAAAUAUGAACAACGGGAUGCAAAAUCAAAUAAAGCAACUACAAGGGCAUUUCCUGAAUAUUCAUUUCUUCCGGACCAGUCUAAUCUUAGAGCUGAUGCUUAUGGACCAGUUGCCCAAUCACAUUAUCCAGAUUCAUUAGUCGAGGUUUCAGCAGGAAGGACACCAUCAUUUUUGCUUGGUCAUGAACAAUUGAACAGGAGCCAUAAUUACCAUGGUCAGGUCUCAAGGGUUCGACUCUUACCUCAACAGGAGAAGCAAGGUGUUACCAUUCCACCUCCUGCUGAAGAUAGCGCAUUUGUCCCUGCAAGGGAUUCUUUUGCAAGUAUCAGAAUGAAUUCUCAGUUUACUGAUCACUCAAUUGUUGGACCAGAAAAUCAAUAUGUAUUGCCUGAUGGGCAUGYUUUUCCAAACGAUGUCAUCAUUAGGAUGGAAAGGAAACGCAAGAGUGAUGAAGCUCGUAUGAACAAAGAAGCUGAAGCCCAUGAGAUAAGAAUGCGAAAAGAGCUUGAGAAACAGGAUAUUUUGAGGAAAAAGAGUGAAGAACGAAUGAGGAAAGAGAUGGAAAAGCAAGAUCGCGAAAGGAGGAGAGAAGAGGAGAGGUUACUGCGAGAGAAGCAGCGGGAAGCGGAGAGAUUGAAGCGUGAGGAAAGACGUGAACAUGAACGGAGGGAAAAGUUUCUGCAGAGGGAAUAUUUGAGGGCUGAGAAAAGGAGGCAAAAAGAAGCACUUCGAAAAGAAAAGGAAGCAGUGAGACGCAAAGCCGCAAUAGAGAAGGCUACUGCUCGUAGAAUUGCCCGUGAGUCUAUGGAGCUUAUUGAGGACGAACAACUUGAACUUAUGGAACUGGCGGCUGCAAACAAAGGAUUAUCCUCAAUAUUAAGUCUUGAUCAUGAUACUCUGCAGAAUCUUGAAUCAUUCAGAGAUUAUCUAGUUGCAUUUCCACCCAAGUCUGUGCAAUUGAAAAUACCUUUCAGCAUUCAACCUUGGAUCAAUUCAGAGGAGAACAUUGGUAACCUUCUCAUGGUGUGGAGAUUUUUUAUCACAUUUUCUGAUGUUCUAGAGCUAUGGCCCUUUACACUUGAUGAGUUUGUUCAAGCUCUUCAUGACUAUGAUUCAAGAUUACUAGGUGAGAUUCACAUUUGUCUCCUGAGACUGAUUGUAAAAGAUAUUGAAGAUGUAGCAAGAACACCUUCUACUGGAUUGGGAAUAAAUCAGAAUGGUGUUGCCAACACUGGAGGUGGACAUCCGCAGAUUGUGGAGGGGGCAUAUGCAUGGGGGUUUGACAUUUGCAACUGGCAGAAACAUUUAAACACGUUAACAUGGCCUGAAAUAUUUCGACAAUUAGCAUUGUCAGCUGGCUUUGGACCACAGUUGAAGAAGAGGAGUUUGGCAUGGCCUGAAAUGCAUGGCAAUGACGAGGCUAAAUGCGGUGAGGACGUAGUGUCUACUCUUCGCAAUGGUUCAGCUGCUGAAAAUGCAUUUGCUAUCAUGCAAGAGAAAGGUUUGCUAGCUCCACGAAGAUCUAGGCAUCGGCUAACUCCUGGAACUGUCAAAUUUGCUGCUUUUCAUGUCCUUUCACUAGAAGGAAGUGAGGGGUUAACAGUACUAGAACUUGCAGACAAGAUACAGAGAUCUGGGCUUAGGGAUCUGUCUACAAGCAAAACACCAGAGGCUUCCAUUUCUGUUGCUUUGACAAGGGAUACUAAGCUUUUUGAAAGAAUAGCUCCUUCCACAUAUCGUGUACGAGCUCCCUACAGGAAGGAUCCAGAUGAUGCCGAGGAAAUACUUUCUGUAGCUAGAAAGAAAAUUCAGAUAUUUCAGAAUGGGUUUUUAGCUGGAGAAGAUGCUGAUGACGUUGAAAGAGACGAAGAAUCUGAAUGUGAUGAUGUUGAUGAAGAUCCUGAAGUUGAUGAUUUAGCAACGACAGCUUUGAUGAAUGAAGAUGUUAACAAAGGAGAUACUAACUUAGAAGUUGAGAAUGAGAACUCAUGUCACGUUAUUGUUGGAAAUUCACAAAAUGAAGGUGUCAAGGAUCUAUCAUCCUCCCCCCUAAGUGGUUCCAAGGACGUAAAAUAUUUGGAUAUAACUACAGAGCAAUAUGCUGCUGUUGAUGAGACUACUACCAGUGAUCUCGAUCAAGAGAAUAUGGAGAUUGAUGAAAGCAAGGAAGGUGAAUCAUGGAUUCAAGGACUUACAGAAGGUGAGUAUCAUGAUCUUAGUGUUGAGGAGCGCCUGAAUGCCCUUGUUGUCUUAACCAGCAUUGCAAAUGAAGGAAACUCUAUUCGCCUUGUUCUAGAGGACCGUUUGGAAGCUGCAAAUGCUGUUAAGAAGCAAAUGUUGGCAGAGGCACAGAUUGAUAAAUCUCGCCUAAAAGAAGAGAUCAUCAAUAAAUCUGAUUUUCCAAUCCACAUGGUGAGCAAGGUGGAAACUGAACUUAAUGGUUCCACUAUGGAGGGUGGUCAAAGCCCAUUACCUGUUGCUGASAACAAGAACAAUGAAACAAUCCCAAGCACUGCAGAAAACCUUGGUAGUGUGCCUAAUGAGAGGGCUACUUUAGUGGCAGAUCUUUUCCCGGGGCCAGAUAACUGUUUGUCUCAUCAAUAUGGACAUGCUUCAAAGAGGUCACGCUCACAGUUAAAAUCCUAUAUUGCCCAUAGAGCUGAAGAGAUGUACACAUAUAGGUCCCUGCCACUUGGUCGAGAUCGUAGGCGUAAUCGAUACUGGCAAUUUGUUGCGUCUUCUUCAAGCAACGAUCCCGGUUCUGGGAGAAUAUUCGUUGAAAUGUAUGAUGGAAAAUGGAGGCUUAUUGAUUCUGAAGAGGACUUUGAUGCUCUUUCGAUGGCUUUGGACACACGUGGGGUUAGAGAGUCACACCUACGCAUAAUGUUGCAAAUGAUAGAGACAUCCUUUAAGGAAAAUGUUCGAAGGAAUCUGCAGUGUGCCAAUUUUUUGGUUCAAAGUGGAACUACUCCUAAAAAUGAAAAUGAUGAAUCCAGUUCUAGUCCUGAUUGCAACACUGUGUUUAACAGUCCUAGCAGUACUGUUUGUGGUUUAAAUUUGGAUACGAUGGUAACAUCAUCUUCAUUCAGAAUUGAGCUUGGGAGAAAUGAAAAUGAAAAGAAGGCUGCAUUUAGAAGGUAUCAAGACUUGCAGAGGUGGAUGUUAAGAGAGAGCUUUAACACAGCAACAUUAUGUGCCAUGAAAUUUGGAGAAAAAAGGUGCACACAGCUGUUGGACAUUUGUGAUUUUUGUUUGUGCUUGUUCGAUUCUGAACAUUCUCACUGCACUUCAUGCCAUCAAACUUUUGACACUAGUGGGAAUGAUAUUAAUUUUUUUGAACACAAACUUCACUGUGAGAGGGAAAGGAAGUCUUACCAUUGGGAUACACACACUUUAGAUGCAUCUCUUCCCCUCAAAAGUAGAUUGGUCAAGGCCGUCUUAGCUGUCAUUGAGGCACAUGUUCCGUCAGAAGCUUUUCUCUCGUUUUGGACAGAACGUAGGAAAAAUUGGGGUGUCAGGAUGGACAUGUCAUCAUCCAUUGAAGAGCUGCUACAGAUAUUGACCCUGUUUGAAAGUGUAAUUAAGCGAGAUUUUCUAAAAUCAGACUUUACUACGACAGACGAGCACCUGAGCUCUUGUUCCGUCUCUGGGAAUGUUAUACAUGACCAAUCAGAUGUUGGGUCUGUUCUUACGUUACCAUGGAUUCCACGGACGAGUGCAGCUCUUGCUUUGAGGCUUUUUGAGGUAGAUGCAUCGAUKUAUUAUAUCGGGUGUGAGAAACCAGAGCCUGAUCAGUACAAGGAAACUGGAGAAUAUAUGAACUUUCCCAGUAGAUAUGUUCAGGUCAAGAAUGAUGAACGGAAUAAACUGAAUGAACUGGACUAUGAUGAUCUGAUGAAGAAAGAGAACUCAGCUGAUCCAAAGAGUUCGAGGAACAGCUACAAACGUGGCCGAGGGAGUCGAGAUCAUGGACGUCGUAGAAGGUGGCAGAAAAAGGUUAAUGGUUCUAAAUCUGGCCGUGUCCGGCAACAUGUCAAGAGUAAUGAGAAAAUGAAUCAAGGACCAAGGCAAUUAGGACAAGGAACACAGGUUAUGGGCGUACGGGGCCGCCGAACGGUAAGGAAGAGAAGGGCUGAGAAGAGCAUUCAAGAUGAAGGUUUGUUGGGCAUAGUGCCUAGUAGUACUCAGAAUAGAGAUGAAUCACCAAAAGAUUUUAUUGGUGAAUGGGAGGAUGAAAAGAUUGAUGGAUUCGUAGAUAUGGAAGAUGAAGAGAACGUUUUGGAAGAUGAGGAGAAUGUUUUGGAAGAUGAGGAGAACGAGGAGAAUGAGGAGAAUGUAAACAACGUAGAACCAAUGGACUCUGACGACGAUGCCCAUGCAGUUGGGUAUGAGCGAGGGAGUUGGGACUUUGGUUUUGACGGCACCUCCAACAGAUGGAAUGGUGAUUUAGGGAUAGCUAGUGAUGAGGAUGUGGAUUUAUCUGAGGACUACAAUGGCACUGAAGAGGCAGGAAACGAUGAUUUGGAGUUAGAUGUCGAUACGAGCGAGGAGUCGGAUUGUUCACCAAAUAGGAUAGGCAACAACGGUGGAGGUGAAUCUCCUGUCUCAGACGACUAUAGUGAUUAAAUAAUCAGAAAUUGAGAAGCUGCUUAGUUUUGAUACCCUUCACCAGCGGCUGAAUUUGUGUACAGGGGAACAAAAUAGCAGUAUCCCCAAAUAUAUCUUAGUUUUAGUAUAUCCCCUCAGGGGCGCACCGUGACUGGCAUUACCUUUAGAUCUYUAGUCUAAUUUAUUGAUGGAAAGUGAAGCAUUGUAUCAUUCGUCUUAGAGUAAUUAUUUGAUAAUAAACAUUUGUAAAGUUAUAGUUGCUACAUGAUGUUCUACAAGGAGAAGAACAAAUGGCUCUUUCAUACGUUGUCGAAAUUUUACAAGGCUCUACUUUAGUUCCAA